AUGAUUCGAGCGCAACCACGAAAGGCUGUGAUGCUCAAGGGCCCUUCACUCACCUCAAAGACCUUCUUCGUUCCACUUCCAGACACCCUCGAUCAACUCGUGGCUAGAGCUGUCCAGCUCUUUCCCGUCCCGCCAGGGAAGGUCCCUCACAUCACCCUUGGUUCUGACGAGAGAGCCAUCAUCCUCGAAGAGUCUUACGACUUCAUCCGUGACCGCGAGCUGCUGCAUUUCCGCUGGUCUGCAGAAACCCCUCGCCGCAACCUUGCCAACCGCGUCCGCUGGGAUCAAUCUGCUGCCUCGACUUCUGCCAACUUGUUCGCCUCAACAUCAUCCCCACAAAGCUCAGCUUCCACUUCCGACGAAGUACCCCUCUCGUCUUCUUCAACGGCAUCCUCCGCAGAAACGCUCAAGGCGCAGCUGCAAGGAUCGCCGUCGUCCAAGGGCAAUGUUGCCUCGACAACGCGUGCCAACACCAUCGCUAACCGCGAUCCCAACACUCAGUUUGGCGAGGGUGUUGCUGCUCGAAAGGCACAUGCACAGCGCGUCCUCGCCGAACAACAACGCAAACGCGAAGAAUCACACUCGGCAGAUGCUCUCGGAGCUGCUCCAAUUCUGAUGGAGUCCGACCAGGAUGUCGUCCUCGACACGGAUCCCGAUGCGACAGCAAAGGCUGCGCUGGAAUUGGCCGCUACUUUGCCACUCGUCGACGCCGCCAAGGACACCAUCGCUACUGCAACAAUGCAGGAAGACGUGCCGGCCGUUGUUGAAAACAAAGACGACGCGUCGACGGUCGAGAUUGACGACGAUCAGAUCGAAACUUCCUCAGAUGCUGUACCAGAAGUCGUGCUUGCACCAGCAUCCGUCGCCAUGACCAUCGAGUCGCCUCCUCGAAAGAAGCCGGUCGACAAUGGCGGCCUCGACACGCCUCCGUCCAGCGGGAGUCGCUCAAGCUCUCCUUUCCACGCCAAUGAGCGCAGUCGCCCGGUUGACCAUCGUAUGUGCACACAGGCGAACGACGAACCAUCCAGCUCACCCAUCUCGUCGCCAACACGCGAUGUCUCGUCCCGCUUCAGGAAUGCUUUGUCGGCUAUGCCCGUGCCCGAGCUCGGCGAGGCCGUCGACAUCGCAUCGUCUGACUCGGACAAGGAGCAAGCACGCAUCGACGCAGAAUCCUCCAACGGUAGCGUCGUUAACGAUCUGGUAGCCACUGCCAUCCUCUCUGCCAAUCAGCAGUCCGACGCCGCAAUGUCCCCUGACGAAGAUACCCGACCAGCGUCUGUUUCGCAAACGAAGGAAAUCGAGACAGCUGCCGUCUCUGCUCCUGCUCCUGCCGCUGCUCCUGCCGCGACAAAGCCAGUCGUCAGCCAAGCCAACGACCGCGAACUCAACCGCAUCUACAGCUUCCUCUCCAACCUUGUCUCCCAGCUUCUCUCGCACAAAGCCAACUGGGCCUUCCAACGUCCAAUGAGUGUUGAGUUCGAACAAUUCUCGGCGCGCAGUUCCCGUCCCGUCGACCUGUUCACCAUCCGCGACAGCCUCGCAUCUCGCAAGUACGGCAGUCAGCAUCUCGAAGGACGCAUGGCCGCCAACGCGGUGGUCACUGACUUUGAGGACGACCUCACGCUGCUCUACACCAACGCGAGGCGGUUCUUUGGAGUCCGCUCGACGCAGGCGGAAUGUGUCGAACAUCUCGAGAAGUUCAGCAGGUCGUUCCUCAACGAGUGGAAGCGGACACAGGGAAGUGCCGCACAGGCUAAGGCACAUGCGGGACAUGUCGCGUCGGAAGUGGCUUCCAGGCUGUCUCAGCAACGCAGUCCUGGCUCGAGGUCCGAAAAGGGACCUGCGCUGUUGUCUUCGUCGCCCUUCCCAAUGCUCUUGACUCCCGGCUCGUCUGCUGCCAUCCACGGCGCGGGAGGUUCGACCGGCAAGAAGACAGUCGGCAACAACGGGCAGCCUCUCGCCAGCACAAUCGGCUUGAUGCGGCGUCCCGACUUUGGCUUCAAGCGCAACACGUCGUACGAAGGAACGCUCAAUGCUGCCAAGCGACCGACACAGCCGCAGCGGCCCACGAGCACCACCAGUGAGGCGUUUGAGCGGGCACUGCGCGCGGCCACUUCGACGCCGCAGGCGGAACGCAUCAAGCCGAGGCAAGAGGUUGUGGCUCCGUUUGCAACGCGUUCGGUCAUCGAGAGUGACUUUAUGGCUCGGCUUGCACCUUCGCAGCUCCAGCCGCAGCAGCAGCCGCAGACGCAGCAGGCGGACGUGUCGCCUACGCCGGCUGCUCGAACUCCUAUUGCAAUGGGCAGCAAGAGGAAGCUCUCCGAGGCGCUUCUCGAAGCCUCUGUCCCGAGUGCCGCUCGAUCGCCAUCGGUGUCACCGCCACCUUCGCCAUCACCGACGAAACGCAACAAGCAGCAACCUGUGGCGACGCCCAAGCCAGCCAAGUCGGCGUCUCGCAGGAGCAGCAAGAAGAAAGCACGCCAGGCUGCCGCCGCCGCCGCUGCUGCUGCUGAGCGUGCUACGAAGAUGACUGAGCAGAAGCGCGGCCGCCAGACACCUGCAGGAGAUGCGCACGAGGAGCAGCUCGUGUUGGAGCUGAUCGAUCCACGUUUGCCGCCUGCCAAGCGCACGCGUGCUGCUCGCAGCACCGCCGACGGUGACGCUGACGCCCUGAAGAUCACGUCGAAAGCGCAGAGCACGGGCAGAGCUAAAGCAGCCAAACCGGACGUCGCUGUCGACGCUGCGGGUGUCGAAAGCUCGCCAGGCGGUCGCACUCUGCGUUCGCGACGGAGCAGUUACAGCGCCGCUGAGCGCGAGCACGUGCCUCCUCCCAAGACCCCGCCCAAGAAGAAGGGCAGGUCUAGCAGCAAAUACGCUCACGCGGGUGUAGCCGACGCGCAGCCGUCCACCCCGCCUGUCUCAGAGUCGAUGGACCUCGAUGGGUUCGAGGUGAUGGGCUCGUGCAGAAGGUCCGCUCGCCAGAGGAAGCCUGUCAACUUGGACUGA